AUGUCUGGCCCCGAGAUCCCAAAUCUCCUCAGCUCUCUUAGAAGCGCCCGCGGAGGUCGCGGUCGUGGAAGAGGGAGAGGCAGCCAUGCCUCCUCAUCUGCCACCCACGACUCCACCAUUCAAGGCACUGAUACCGACGCCUCAGUCUCGAGAUUAAGUGCUGUCGAUCUUGGCUAUCUGGAUGAUCCUUAUGCUCAGUACUUUGUCCAGAGCUCUGCCGGUCCAGCAGCCAGACGUCUUCCCAUCAUCAACAGAGGAACAUAUGCGAGAACAAUUUCUCUAGAUAAUCUCAUUGAGUCAUUCCUCAGUGCAGACCAAAGUACCGGAUCGGAUUCUACACCGAAGCAAAUAGUUUCACUGGGUGCUGGCACUGAUACACGGCCUUUUCGACUGUUCGCUUCCAAAGCUCGCCCUGGGCUGGUCUAUCACGAGCUUGAUUUUGAAGUCGUCACAUCAAAGAAACUACGGACUGUUCAAGCUGUACCUGCGCUAAGAAACAUCUUGACAAAUGUCACACAACUAACAGAGCACUCCUGGUCGAGUAAACCUUUAGGGGGUGAAUACUAUUGCCAUGGCCAAGACUUGCGUAACUUUUCUCUAUCAAAAGCUUCAAAAGAGGAUAAUGAUACUCAAGAAACACCUCAAGAGAAACCAGAGAUCACUCUCCCCGGCCUUCGUACCGAUAUCCCCACGCUGCUCCUGUCGGAAUGCUGCCUCUGCUAUCUCAACGGCACUGAAGCCUCAGACGUGCUCAACUUCUUCACAUCCCGCAUACCGAACCUCGCAACCAUUAUCUACGAGCCUAUCCGGCCAGAUGACCCAUUUGGCAAGAUGAUGGUGUCGAAUCUCGCAGCGCGACGUAUAGAGAUGCCCACUCUCAAAAUGUACCCUACACCCGAGGACCAGCGAGCGCGGUUGAGCAAAGCUGGUUUCGAGACGGUGCAUCACAUGACGAUUGAAGAUAUCUGGCAGACCUGGGUAUCGCCCGAGGAGAAGCAGCGUGUGGAUUACCUGGAGGGGUUAGAUGAGGUGGAGGAGUGGAAGUUGUUGGCGGCGCAUUAUAUCGUCGUCUGGGCUUCAAGGGGGAGCGGGUUUGGGAAUUGGGGAGGCGUUGGAGCAGGGGCUUGA